AUGAUCAAUGUUGAAAGCAUCAGACUAAGAAAAGGUCACAGGAAGGCACAACCACGAGAGUGUCUUCGCCGUCCUCGCGAUACCGUGUUGAUUGUAUUAACGCCUCUUUUACCACCAUCCUUUGUCGUGGGUCGUGAGUUUGGGACCACUGGGGGAGGGGGUCGUCGGUGUGGACGCGAACACCGAAGCUCGAUCAUCUUACCUGAAGCUAUAGCUGUCUUGAUUAUGUGGCUCAUCAGGGCCUCCAGGUGUUCUGUCAACUCCGAGUGUCUGAUAAUUAUUCUGCGGGCCGUGUUCUGCGGGGCGUCUCCUCCUAGUCUGUGCAUUAACUCCUCUGUCUUGCGUCGGAGGCAGGCUGGCAGAGGUGAUGACCCAGGAGGAUUCUCAGAAGCAGAAGCAAGAGGAGGAGGAGGAGGAGGAGGAAGCAAGGACGGAAAAGCAGGCGUGGACAAUGUGUUAGCAGCCUUGGUCGGCUUCUCGCAUGACCCAACCUUGUGGCAUUUCGUGCAUAGUGUUGUGGACGAACUGGACUACAGCAGACGAGCCGCCAGCCGGUCGCCCCCCCAGCGCCAUCUGCCGGCCUCCCACCUGUCGGACGCCCGCCUGCCGGAGUCGCAUCACUCGUCCGGCUUUUGGCCCACCUGGGGGAGGGGCGCCAGAGAGGAGAAACCCCGCGACGCGCAGAGGCCGGCCGCCCACCACCCCGACAGCAGCCGCCCACGCCCCCGCGACGGCGACGAGGGCGGCAACGGCGGAAAUGACACUUACAGCGACGCCGCCCACCACCUAAGGGGCGGCCGAGGGCGGGCCUACCCCUCCACCGCCCACCCGCCCACCUUCAUCUUCCACAAAGUCUACAUCAACACCCACUACGACACGCACACCCGCCAGCCCUACCACCGCCCAGUGCUCGCCGUCGCCGCCCUCGCCAACGAAACCACGCCCACCUCCUCAACGUCGGCGGCCACCUUGCCCUCCACGGCGGUCGUCGAGGCGGACACCACCCACGGACCGCACCCGCAGACCAUGGGCGCGGGCGUGAGCGAGGGACCGAACAGCAACGCGAGCGAGAGGGAGCUCCCCGACCGACUCGAGACAUUCACGGGCGUCGACGAGAGCCGUUCCCCCGAAGAACCUGGUAGGGGGGCGGGCGCGGGCGUCGGCGAGGGCGCGGGCGGCGUUGGGCACCCGGAGGAGACGUCGGCGAGGUGGAGGGGCAGCGGAAGGGCAGCGGGGAGCCAGAUCCAUCCCGGAGUGUGGCGCGAGGUCGGCUCUCAGGAAGGCCAGCGAGCGAGGGAGGCGCAGCAGACGCUAGGCCUCGACACGUUUAAGGGUCAGCUGAAGUUCCUGAAGAGGUGGGAGAAGAGGCUGUGGAGGCGCGGUCUCCUGCACCGGUCGCACCACCUCCUGCGUCGAGAGAAAGCCUCGGGGAGCUCGGUCGGGCAGCGAGAAGUCCCCGAGGAGGAGCACGUCGCCCUCGAGGACGAAAGGCACACGCGUAAACUCUAGCUUGAACCAAACACUAUAUGCCUCUUAAGCCUCACUGCCACCUCUUCGCCCGUGCGUCUCGACCCCAUAAGGCGUGGAAUCGGAUCCUAUAUGUGUGGGAUUCCGCGCCAGCAGAUGACAAGAGGGUUCUAACGUGCGUCUUUUGUCGAGAGAGUUUCUACACAGCAUAGUUACAUAUACCUGCCUCAUUUACGUGGAAAUUAGAGCAAUACAGGUGACUGACACCUCAUUUAGUCCCUUUAAAGAAAAAAAUAAACAGAUAUUAAUUUCGUUCUACAGAAACAAACAAAAAAAUAAAUAAAAAAAAAUAAAAAAUAAUAGUAAUGAUAAUGAUCCUAAAUGAGGAAAAUCUAUAUAAAAAUAAUCCUUUCCUUUGAAAUCAAUUCCAGACUUCUCUCCACCCUAAAAUCAGGUCAUCAAUUAAUCGGCGACCUCGCUUGACCUCCCUCCCUCCCUCUAUCUCUCCCACCCACCCUCCUACCCUCCCUCCCUCUCCCU